CUCAAUUUAAAGCAGACGUGCCCCCAUUAGUAGACACGCAAGCCAGGGUUGGCUGAUCUUCACGCAGGCUCCCGAUACAUGAGCUGAGAAAAAUACUCCCUCCACAGUUGAGAAGAACGUGCGAGCAGAUACCCAAGUUCACAUAUCCAAGGAUUGAAAGGACAAGAACCUGAACUACUUUCAAGAUGUCCGAACACCCACUAACCUCCAUGGUACGCGAGGUUUACAACAAGCACAGUGCUUUGUGUGAUUUUGUGUGCCGAGUGAACGACGAAGACUUGACCACAGAGCAGAACGCCAUCUUCAGUCAACUGAGUGAGGAGACGAGAAAAAGGUACUAUGGGUCUGGCAUUGUCAUCCCAGAACAGUUGGAAGGCAAGCGCGUGCUGGACAUCGGAUGCGGGUCAGGAAGCCUCGUUUUCAUCCUGAGCAAACUAGUCGGCCCCACGGGCUACGUCGUUGGCGUCGACAUCUGUGACGGACUGAUUGAAGCGGCAAAAUCACAGAUUGAAUAUCACCAAAAGGCAUGGGGACUGAAAGAGCCCAACUGUGAGUUCGUCAUAGGUAACGCAGAGAAACUGGAUUUCGAACCCAACAGUUUUGACAUCAUUGUAUCGAACGGUAUAGUCUGCUUGUGUCCAGACAAAGAAGCCGCUUUCAACUCCGCUUACAGAGUACUAAAGGAAGGGGGCCAGUUUUUCCUGAGUGAUGUCUACUCCGAAGUGGACCCUCCAAUCAAGUACAGAGAUCAUGAGACACUGUGGACAUUGGGCACAACUGGAGCCAUGCGGUGGGACACUUUGGCUGAAGUGGCCGGCAAAGCUGGCUUCACAAGUCCUUAUCUCGGGCAAGUUGGCACCGUCAACAUCGUGAAUGAGGAGUACAUUAAAAUGUUGGAAAAUGGACGCUUUGUCUGUGCCGGUUGGCGACUCUUCAAGCUCCCUAAGGAUGUCAAGCGUGGCGCCUCCAGAGUAACAUACAAAGGAAACAUCACUGGAUUUUCUGAUGCUCUCAGAUGGGAUGUGGACCUUUAUUUUCCGACUGGUGAGGGUGUCGAGGUGGACAGUGACUUGGCCACCAUUUUAUCUGCCUCUUACCUAAACAGCAGUUUCGACUUCUGUGACAUUCAGACUAACCCCGUCACCAAGAGGAACCAGAAUCCAUUUGCUUAUCUGGACAAGCUACAGGCUGAAGGACGGCAACCUGCAUUCAUCUACACCAUUGAAUAAGAACGACGAAAUCCGUUCACUGACCAACAAAUCGCACGAUUAUUUUAUAUUUUAUAUGCUUUGUUUACUCAGACAACAUAUAUAUUGUACCGCUUUCUAUCUCCAUACUUUCUCUUCUACAAUGUAAUUCUUUGUAUUGACGGGUAUUGACUAGCAGUCAAGAAACUAAAACAAUUAAUCAGACAUCACACAUCACACAGGUAACAUCCUCUGCAUAUUUUGACAAAUUUCACACACACCAUUCCAAUAUCACCUCAUCAUAUUGAGGAGAUGAGGGCAUGAUUAGGAGGGAGAAUCAGGUUUGGGGUUAUUAUCUCCCUUGCCUGAAUAGGAAGACGCGUUUAUAUCCCUUACGUCUGCAGCUUCCAAGCCUGCCGAAUGUUUGUAAUAUGGAUAAAAUAAAUGAUGACGAAGAUAUUUUUAAAAGGAAAGUUGUCAGAUUACAACUGUAUAUCUUGCUAAUUGUAUUUUUUCCAACUGUUGUCUGUGGCAUUUUUUAUUUCAUAGCCCCUACGAACUAAGGUGCUGAAUUUGUGUGUGUGAGCGAUCACGCUAGCCUGUGUGUGUGCGUGUACAUUUCUCACUUUGAAGUCUGUAAACGGGAUAUCGUCAAACCUUGUAUUUGAUUUUCUGUGUUUUUCUUGCUUAUAACUAGUGUUACUAGUAUAACUGUUAUAUAAUUAUAACAGAACAUAGCUGGUCAAAAAAUAGAUUUUCUGCUUUAUGUUUUCAUAUGAUUUUAUGUAAAAUGAGUUAAUUUCCGUUUUGUUAACUUACCUUGUAAAGUAAAAAAGAAAAAAAAAAAC